UGGAAGAGGAGAAAGCUGGAGCUGCCCAAACUGAUGCUGAAGCGUCAGAUGCCCUGUCCUUUGCUUGAAGCGCCUAGGCUCCUAGCACCAUGUCCAAGCAAACCAGAGAUGUUGAGUUAGAUCGCCUGGUGCAUGACCAGCCGCUUGACUGCAGGAGCUCCUUCCCUUCCUCCCAAGGCACAGUAGAGCAGCUACCCAAUGUUCCCAGCUACCGAUUCUCCACCGCCUCCCGCAUCCCAGUCCUCAUCUCCAAAAAGCAUAAGUCUGGUGUGGUGAAUCCCAGUUUUUUGAAUGAGGAAUGGUCCCCUUCUCAUCCUUUAGAGCCAUCAUCCAGUAGAUAUCCCAUUGUAAACGUCAAGAAUGUCGACGCCCAAAGCAGCUCUGCAGGGGUACAGAAACAUGACCCUCAUCUGCCCCCGCUUUCCCGGAAUAAUUCCCACACUCUCAUGGUACCAGGCACGCCUGUGGCGCCGAAGAGGAGGAAGCUACGCUCCCAGGAGGACAGUAUAGAGGAUUUAAUUGUGCCAUCCCCAGCUGAUUCUCCAGUGAGAGCCUCACCUGGCCAGUCCAACCUACAGAGAAAAAACUUGCCAGAGCGAGUAGGUUCAGGAACAAGCCAGAACAGUUUGGCAAUCCAUGACCGGCUGCAGGAGCUGGUGAGGCUCUUUAAAGACAGGACUGAGAAAGUGAAAGAGAAACUGAUUGACCCAGAUACUACCUCUGAUGAUGAGACGCCUGUGGCAUCGCCUUCCAAGAAAACUUGUCCAGAACCACCGUUGCCACCAGAAGAAAAAGAGACAGAAGAUGAAGUGGAGGAACAUUACUGUGAGAUGCUCUGCUGCAAAUUCAGAUGCCGCCCCUUUCUAAGCCGUGUGAAAAAGUACCGGUUCCCAAGCAGCAUCGACCCGCUCACCAAUUUGAUGUAUGUGCUGUGGCUGUUCUUUGUUGUUCUGGCCUGGAAUUGGAACUGCUGGCUGAUUCCAGUACGCUGGGCCUUUCCAUACCAAAUGCCUGAAAACCUCCAUUGGUGGCUACUUGUAGACUAUCUCUGUGACCUCAUCUACUUGCUGGACAUCACUGUCUUUCAGGUCCGCCUGCAGUUUGUCCAAGGAGGAGACAUAAUUACUGAUAAAAAGGCCAUGCGACAGAACUACCUGAAAUCCCGACGCUUCAAGAUGGACGUGUUGUGCCUUCUUCCCCUGGAUUUCUUUUACUUCAAAGUUGGCGUAAAUUCUCUCUUGCGGUUGCCUCGCUGUUUAAAGUACAUGGCCUUCUUUGAAUUUAAUAACCGGCUUGAAGCUAUCCUGAGCAAGGCAUAUGUUUACAGAGUGAUAAGGACCACAGCUUAUUUACUCUUCAGCUUACAUGUGAACUCAUGCCUGUAUUACUGGGCAUCAUCGUACCAGGGACUGGGUUCUACCAUAUGGGUCUAUGACGGGAAGGGAAACAGUUAUAUCCGCUGCUAUUACUGGGCUGUCAAGACUCUAAUUACUAUUGGGGGACUGCCUGACCCUCAAACUCUGUUUGAGAUACUCUUCCAGCUUCUGAACUAUUUCACAGGGGUCUUUGCUUUCUCUGUCAUGAUUGGCCAGAUGAGAGAUGUAGUUGGCGCUGCUACAGCAGGACAAACUUAUUAUCGGAAUUGCAUGGACAGUACCAUUAAAUACAUGAAUUUCUACAAAAUCCCCAGAUCCGUUCAGAAUCGGGUCAAAACAUGGUAUGAAUACACUUGGCAUUCACAAGGCAUGUUAGAUGAAUCAGAGCUGAUGGUGCAGCUGCCAGACAAGAUGAGGCUGGAUAUUGCUAUUGAUGUGAACUACAACAUAGUCAGCAAGGUGGCACUCUUUCAGGGCUGUGACCGGCAGAUGAUUUUCGACAUGUUGAAGAGGCUCCGAUCUGUUGUUUACUUACCUAAUGAUUAUGUGUGUAAGAAGGGGGAAAUUGGCCGAGAGAUGUACAUUAUACAAGCUGGACAGGUGCAGGUGCUUGGAGGACCUGAUGGCAAAACUGUGCUUGUGACACUGAAAGCUGGAUCUGUGUUUGGAGAAAUAAGCUUGUUGGCAGUGGGAGGUGGAAAUCGUCGCACAGCAAAUGUUGUGGCUCAUGGAUUUACUAACCUUUUCAUCUUGGAGAAGAAGGACUUGAAUGAAAUUUUGGUGCAUUAUCCAGAAUCUCAGAAGCUGCUGCGUAAGAAGGCUAGGAAAAUGCUGAAAAACAACAAUAAACCCAAAGAAGAAAAGGGCAUGCCAAAAGAUGUGCUUAUCAUUCCUCCAAGACCUGGGACACCUAAACUCUUUCAAGCUGCCCUGGCAGCUGCAGGAAAGAUGGGAGGCAGAGGAAAAUUUGCCCAUAUCAGAUGGAAACUGAGAGAGCUGAAAGCAAUGCAAGUUAUGGAGGAAUCCAGUUCGACUCCAGUUCUGCUGAAGUUACCAGUCCGCCAUGAUUCAUCUAGAGCCUCCUGCAAAUCAGGUGACCACACUGACAAGGAGGAUAUCGUCUCAAAGUCUCCAGAUAAUUCAGUCUUGAUUCGCAUGAGUCCUGCCCCACAAAGCAGCGAACAGAUUCUUUCUGUGGAAGUUUCAGACAAGGAAGAAAAGAAAUGAAAAGCAAACAACCCGCUGUCCCUCUUAGAAAGCCACUGCCAUGAGUUUCAGCCAGACAACUGCAUCCUAUAGAAGCUUUUACUGGCUUCCGAUUUCUGUUCAAUGGCUUUAAGCGUCGCUCAUGAAGCCAUCUUGAUAUGCUCUGCCUUUCUUGGUUACUUAGACCACAAGACUGCUGUUGAUAAGGCUCUUUGCCAUAAGGCCCAGAACUGUACAAAGCUUCUGCACUUUGGAAGUCAACAUUUAUUGAACUCCUUAAUAAACAUUCCCACUAAAUACCCGGCCAACCCUCCUGCCUCCAAAUCCAGCCUUACAGUGAGGGAGCCUUGCAGUAAUGAAUACUGGCUUUUUCCAGUUCUGAAUAUUUAGUGUCUGUUUGCAUCAGAUAUCAGUGCAACCCCUUUUGAAGGUUGUAGUUAUUUUCCCCCCUUAAUGUGACUCAUAAUUUUACUCAAAACAAACAGAAGAAAAGCCAAGAUUCCUGUCCAUUUGCUGCAAGGCUGUCAUAGACGAUGCUGUGUAAGAUGCGGAAAUGAUGGAAAAACUGACGUGGUUCUAAAGAACAGCAAAGAAAAUUAGCAUAACUGAUAGCCUGAAAGAUAGGACUACUCCCGAGUUCGGAAUUCUGAGAUGUGCAAACAAGCACGUAAUUUGUUUUAAUGGGGUUCGUGUAUCACCAUAUGAACACAGCUUGGUUUCAUAGGCUUAUCAACAUUUUUAACAUCAUCUUAGCAAUUCCUUUGUUACUUGUCGGAUCUCAGGCCCUCUGCCUAUAAGGAAGCAGGCUACUGCUUCGCACCAUGCUUAUUAUUGCAAUAUUUUGCUCGUCAUCUCUUUGGUUCGGUGCUCAUCCAAUAGACAGUACUGUGGUUGGGACUCAGGUUGAACAAAAAUUGAUCUUUUGGUUCAGUGUCUGAACCAAGAAAUUUCAUUUGGGUUGAACGAACAUUUCCCUUCUUCUUUGCGUAAAGAAGAAAUGAGGUGUUUGCUACAUGGGGCAGUCCCAAAAUGUAUUAAAAUAGAAUUCCACUCAUUCAACAAAUACUCAUGCUCUAAUUAGUAGUGCAGACCUCACAAGUUUACACAUGGAAUGGCCAUGCUGCUAAAUGAGUAGGAUGCCACUGUAACAAUUACAUCCAUAUGUACAUUAUACAUUUGUCACUUUUCAGAUCUUAUUUUACAGGGAAAGUUUUGAUAUGAAAUGACUGACCUUUAUCUUACUCCUUCUUCACCAUUUAUUAUCCUGCCUACAGAUUUUCUCCUUCCCAGAAAUGGUCCUUGGAGAAGCUACGUGGGCUUCUCUAGGGGCAGAAAUACAUGUCAAGGCUGAUUAGCAGCAUCUUGAUUUCUGUUAAGAAUUCUUACAGACCGCAGCACAUUUAAGGAACUCAGAAAAGUUACAAGUACAGCUGAAGUCACCACAGCUCUUAACACUACAGGGUAAAAGCUUGAGUUUUGAUAAGAGUGUUGAAACUUCCCUGAAUAUUUCUUAUCCCAUGAAGAUUUGUACAUUAUAGUUUCCUACAUAUUGGUGGAAAGUGUAUAGUAUUUUUUCACUAUAUAAACAUUUUAAAAGUAAAAACAGGAAAUCUGUGCAAAAAUUAUAGGUGAAAAUGGGUUUUGAUUGCUGGGUAUAUUUUGAUAUGGUUUGUAAGGAUAGUUUAAAUGAAUAAUAUGCCUUCUGCUGCAGUGGCUUUCAUAUUCCAAAGCAUUUUCAUUAAACUUUUAGAUUACUGUUCA